AUGACCGACAGAGGACUUAGGGAUCCUCCAGAGGACCCUCAAAAGGAUUUGGAAAAUGACCCAUCAAUAAAUUGUCAGGCACAGGAGACUACAGUCACAGCAAGUACCACUGAAGAAGCACAGACCCCACACCCUGCCUCUGGUCUUAACAAAGACCACCAAGAGGUAGAAUCAGUUGGUCCAGGAAGUACAGACACAGAUGAUCAAUCAGAAAGUCCAGAUGAAACAGAUUAUAGGAAAUACCCAAAGGAAACAGAAGGUGAGAACAGCCAGAGUUUCCAGGGUGGAGAACAAGGGCAUCAGCUCCCUUCAGAAAGUCUGGGUGAAGACCUCUUGGAUCCAGAACCCAACUGUUCUCCAAGUGACAAGGUGGGAAGAACAGACGCACACUUAGUGAGCAGCUCUGCAGCCCUCCCCGAGCAUCAUGUGAGCGACAGACCCGGAGCUUUGCAGGAGCCACCUGUCCUUGACCCUCAGGAUACCCAGAGUCCUGGGCAUUCCAGUGCACAGCUGGAGAGCCAGGACACACUGAGGAAACGACUGCUGGCACCAGAGGUUGAGAGACAUCAAGAAGAAACACAAAAAUUGGAAGGAAGCCAAGAGAAUGCACCGGAUACCAUAAGAAAGAUUAAUAAAAAGGAUUUUCUGGGCUAUGCCUCCAUCUUUCUUGGCUUCCUGGUUCUGACUCUUGUUUUGCUAAGUUCUGUUAAUAGCUAUUAUUCCUCUCCGGCCCAGCAAGUGCCCAAAAAUCCAGCUUUGGAGGCCUUCUUGGUUCAUUUCAGCCAUUUGAAGGAUAAAUUUCCAGGCCAGAGUUCCUUUCUGUGGCAGAGAGGACGUAAGUUUCUCCAGAAGCACCUCAAUGCUUCACAGCCCACUGAGCCAGCCACCAUCAUAUUUACAGCAGCUCGAGAAGGAAGAGAGACCCUGAAGUGCCUCAGCCACCACGUUGCGGAUGCCUACACAUCUGCCCAGAAAGUCUCUGCCAUUCAGAUUGAUGGAGCUGGAAAAACCUUUCAGGACAGUGAUAAGGUCAAGCAUUCAGUUGACAUGGAGCUGAGCUCUGGAUUUGAGGAGGGCCGGAAGGCUGCCGUGGUCCACCGCUUUGAAUCCCUUCCUGCAGGCUCCACCUUGAUCUUCUACAAGUAUUGUGACCAUGAGAACGCUGCCUUUAAAGAUGUGGCCCUGGUUCUGACCAUCCUACUGGAGGAGGAAACAUUAGAAGCAAGCGUCGGCCCAAGGGAAACUGAAGAGAAAGUGCGAGAUUUACUUUGGGCAAGGUUUACCAACUCUAACACUCCCAGCUCCUUCAGCCACAUGGAUUCAGACAAACUGAGUGGACUAUGGAGCCGUAUUUCCCACCUGGUGCUGCCUGUCCAGCCAGUGAGGAGCAUAGAAGAACAGGGCUGCUCUCUAUAA